AAGCCCUCUCACCACACAGCGCCUGUAGCCGGGUUUCAUUCACAUCCUAGAGCCUCCCUCCCUCUCAGCUAACACUUCUUCCCAGCUUCAGACAAGAUCCUGACCUAAGGACUUCUAACGGCCAAACCAAAGCCCAGAGAUGGAAGCAGACCAGGUCACAGAAGAGCCUCCUACCACCAUGGAUGCAGAGGAGCACCCUUCUUCAAAGGAUCCUUCUGCUGAGGACUUACAGGAGCACUCCGUCUCUGAAACCCCCUUGGAGCCCUCCAUCUCUGAGACCCCUUUAGGACACUCAGUCUCUAAGAUCCCUUUGGAGACCCCUAUCCCGGAAAGCCCACUGGAGACUCACAUUCCUAAGAUCUCAGAGCAACACUUGUCUUUUCACACUUCACCACCAGGCCAUGUCUCUGUGUCUCCCUCUCAGGCUCUAAAGGAAGACCCCUACUCUGAGUCUUCCUCCAGUGAGGUCUCAUGGACAAAGAGGUCCAUGCAAGUCUCUGAACCUGAGACCUUUCAGAAGCACUCCCUUUCAGGCCCUUCAGCCCAGGCCCACCUGGACACAUUUGCAAAAGAGAGGGAAGAAGGAGAGGACGAGGGGGUGGAUGCCAGUGACAGCACCGCUUACACAGUUCAACCGGACAAGAAGGGGAAGAAAGGAGUUAGCUUCCACACAGUGGUCCCUGCUAAGCAGGAAGAGCUGGCGGAAGUGGCCAAGGCAAUGCACAGAGAGAAGUCUGGUGCUCAGGUGAAUCAUCUUUUUCAGUGGGAGAAGAAUGCAGCUCUGAGUGCCAUCCAGACAGGUCUCUACAUUGGCUGGCGCUGCCCCCAUUAUCUAUGGGACUGUUUCCAGAUUGGGGGUGAGUCCAAGUGCUUUUGUGGACACUUGCUGAGAGAGCACCAGAUUAUCUCAGACAUAUCGGUGCCCUGCAAUGUGGGCCACUGCUGAUGCCUUGUGUUCUGCUUUAUCCCAUCAUGCCUAGAGGAGGUGGGUGAGUUCUGGCUCAAGAGACGGGCCACCUUUGACCCCAAGGCCUGGAGGGCCCAGUGUUGCUGCAAACAUAGCCACGAAGACCAUGCAGCUACCGGGUCCCAUCCCUGCAGGGUCAAAGGCUGUUGCUGCAACUGCUUUGAGUCUAAUUUCCUGUGUGCAGCCUGUGACCAGUGCUGGGAAGAACAUGAGACUUUCUUUGAGACUGAGGAGACCUGGCAACAAGGAGGGAAGCCUCACAGUGAGGGGGUACCUGGAACAGGGGGCCAUUCCAGGCUCUGUAGUCAGGCCAGGCAGGAAAGUACUCCACACCCAACCGUCCAAUCCAGCACUACCUCACCCCCCCACACCCACACCUGCACUGAUAUCCACCUCCAGGAGCAGACUGUGGGCCUUUUGCAGAGAUGUCUACUGUUCAAAAAGCCAGGGGCAGCAGCUAACUUUGAGUCCCUAUAGAAGCAGGGGUCCUCUGGUCAUUGCAGAUCCCAUCCUAAUCCCCCUGGGCUCCCUGGCCCACACACUCCCCAACCUGGCCCUACAUCUGACCACCUAUCUGACCUUGUCACCUCUGCUCUUCUCUCCUUCAGGGACAGACAUUGACACCACCUGGCACAGGCCUCAGUGAGCCUGGCCCAGAUCAGCAAUAAAAGGGAAUCCACCAGACUCUGACCUGGCUCUGUAUGGCACAGAUAGAGUUUGGCCCAGGGAUAGACACCCUGGACCUUGGAGUUGGACCUAUGAGGGGUGAGAGAGCACCACAGGAGAGAGUCUGGAUCCAGCUCUCUGCCUCCACCAACCCACAUUCAAGCUGCCAGCUCUGGCAUGAGGAGAAGGACGUGGCGUCAAGGAAGCCAAGGAAAGGGGUUUCAAGAGGGUUAGAGUGAGCAGUGACGUUAGAUGCAACUGGGGGCUCUAGUAAGAAAAAGACUGAAAAGCGUCCAUUGGUUUUGCAGUUAGAAGGUCUUUGGGGACUUUUAAGAGUGUAGUUUCAGUGUUGUAGCGGAGGCAGAAACCAAACAGCAGUGAGCUGGAAGGUUUCUUUAAGAAGCUUGGCUGAAAAGAGGAGGAGAGAAGUCCAGACUAUAUCCAGAGGGAGAUGUGGAGUCAAGGAAGCACUUUUUAGGAGGGAUAAAGGGAAAAGGCCAGUAGAGAAAAACACCUU